CGAAAAAUUCCCUCUUACGCCGCGUCUCUAUAUAUUGUGUACACAAAAAUAGCUAUUCAAAGCGGUAUUGUUUCUCUGAUACAUUCCUUAGACAAUUUAUGUAAUGGCGGAAAAACAAGAUUGGGAAGAAAACACGGAACAUAUUGAACAGUGUCGUGGAAAUAUUCAGGAACAUAGUGAGAGUGAGGCAAAGUGUACGGAAAAUAUUGAAAAAUACUUAGAAAACAGAUAUGUGCUUGUGAACUCGGAAAAUUUCGAUGAAUUUCUCAGAUUCUUGGGAUACGGCUAUUUAUACAGAACCGCAGCACUGCGUCUUAAACCAUCUCAUGUCUUGUCACGGAACCCUGAUGGCAGCUACACAUUCACUAUGGACUCUAUUCUCAUUAACACAAGAGUAACUUUCAAACUGGCAGAACAGUUUAUUGAGAAGAAACCACCCGACGGUGUUGAGGUAAAAACGGUAAUUACAAUCGAGGGCAACGUGAUGACGCAAACACAACUGGAGGAGGGCGGGAGAGUCACGCAAAUUGUACGGACUUUCUACACUGACAAAAUGAUAUCGGAAACAACGGUAGAAGGAUGGGACAAAAUACUCAUUACAACAUUCGUUUUAGUACCUCAAUAAUGUAAUGUUACACAGUUACGAGAGUAAAGUAUAACUUUAUAAGUGAA